UGUGGUAGUGGAACCGUCAUCAGCGAGUAAAAUAAAAAAAAAAUUUUCGAAACCGGUGGGCAAUGACAGAAGUUAUUGAAAAAAUAUCGUAAACUUACAAUUGUACAAAAAAGUUACGAUUAGCUCACAUACUAUAGCGACACAGAUAUAAAGCAAAAAAUGGAGAAAAGAACAAAUUUUAUCGUUUUACCCAAAAGAAAGAUUCUCUUCACUAUGAAAUUAGUGUUUAUUACUGCUUUCUACAAAGGUGAAAGGCUGUACAAUAACUGGUGUCCAAAGAAAAACUACCCUGGAACGAGAUAUAACACAUCAGAAAAAGGCUGGAUGAAAGAAAAUACAUUUUCUGAUUGGUUUCAAAACUUAUCUUUGAAAGAAAUCAAACAUGAUCAACGUCCAAUUUUAUUAUUAAUGGAUAAUCAUUUUUCUCACAUUAGUUAUCGUACAAUGAAAUUGGCGUUAGAUAAUGAUGUACACAUUUUAUCAUUACCCCCUCAUACCACGAAUGUUCUCCAACCUCUCGAUGUUUAUACGUUCAAGGUUGUGAAAACGCACUGAAGAAAACUAGUACAAGAUUACUACAAUAAAAAUAAUGGUGCUAAACUGGAUAAAUUUGUUAUCCCUCUAUUGUUAAAGCAACUAUAUUCAUAUUCGUUACGUCCAGCUUACUGUGCUGGCGGAUUCGCCAAAGCAGGGAUAUUUCCUUAUGAUAAACGUGCAAUUCCUAAAGAAAAUAUAACGUAUUCAUGCAAUAACAAUAAAAAGAAACUGACACGAACCGUAUCAAAUGAAUGCUUGCCCUCAUCAUGUGGCGAAACAAGCCCUGUUAAUAGUAAUGUCAUGUCAAUGAAUCCCAAAAGUAUUGGAAUUCAAUUACGAAAAUCUCCUUCAGCACCAUCAUUAUUAAUUCGAUCACUGGGAACUUCUGAUUUCUUGACAACCGACUCUACAUCGGCUGUUCCACCGACAAUUGAUACAUCAUCGUUGAUAGACAACUCACUAACGUUACUCAAUUCAUCUGAAUCGCAUUCUAAUAUGUCUGCUCGAAAAGACUUUUCCAGUUCACCAACUGUAGCAUUUGAGAUACCGUCCUCACCUCAAAAUGAUACACGAUCAGGUAUACAACAUGCAAUAACUGCCACUACUGAACAAUUUUUAAAACCAACAGUGGUACCGAACAAGAAACGGAAAACAAUGAUAACACGUAGUUCGAGCGAGAGUUUGACAAGUGUGGAAGCGUUGUAUAAAUUACAAGCUAAAGAAACUGAACUGAAAGAAAAAAAAAGGAAAAAGUUAGCGUUUAGAACACCAACCUAA